AUGUCAACAAACCCACCCCCCAUCUUCACCGACGACGACGUCAUCCACGAGCGCGGCCCCAAACGUCUACCAAUCCUAUUUCCCAUCUACUUAAACCUAGACGGGAAGCCGAACGUAAGCCGCAAGCCAAAAGUCGUGCCACCCCCCACAUACACAACCACAACCACCUCCGACUCCAACGAUAAGAGCUCCGGCCUUAACCGCCCCCUUGCUUCAACCCCACGACACCCCGAAGCUUAUUAUUCCCAGCAUCAAUGCCCGAUAUGCGACCGGUUCAUUGCCAUCGAUGAAGGGGCCGAUUACAUCGGGCACUUGAAAUGUCUACAUAGGGGGACAUGCCCCCGGCCGGAGUGCAUGCUCGCAUACUAUGGCCGAACGGACAAGUGGGUGGGAUUAGAGACCGAUACACCAACACCGCCAACAACAUACAAACAAGAGGCCAAAUUAUUCUGCCAAGCCCCAGGGUGCAAAGAGGAGAUUGAAUCGUGGUGUCUGGUGAAGGCGAGACGGGAUAUUAUGGGGGGGUCUGUUAUCGCUGUGUCAACGCAUGAGCCGGGGGUUGAUGAGGCCUGGGAGGAGGCGGUUGCGAGAGUGAAGGAGAGGAGGAAGGAGGAGGAUCGGAGGAGGAUGAAGGAAUGGAAGAAGGAGUUGAAGAGGGAGCAGCGGGAGAAGAAGAAGGAAGAGAGGGAGGAAAAGAAGGAGAAGAAGAAGGAGGAGAGGAAGGAGAAGAAGGGGCUGUUUUGGUGA